AUGAGCGUCCACCACCAGGACAUGUCCUUGGUGAACCAGAUUUGCAAAAUUCUGAAAAUCGCGCAAUAUCCUGAUGAUUGGCUCAGUAAUCGAAAGUGGCAGGAUGGACGCCUAGAGAUGGUGAAUACUCAUCUCAACACGGCGAAGUUCAAUCUCGGAGGGCCUGCCACUCAGCCAGCACCUUGAGUAUUUAAAGACGUCUGCAAGUAGCGAUCCCCAGUCAAUACCAGUCUUCUUUCUUGGAGCACAGUCGAACCAUCUUCCUAAGUCCUAUCUGCCCCGUUGAACUUCAUCUUUCUCUGAUGUCUGCUUCCACCCCCUUGAACAUGGAAACUGCCCUCUUCGGACCUGACCUCUACCAUCCCAACGAGGGCAUUGCCAGCCAGCUUUCCGAGGAUAUGCGUAUCGUGCCGGAGUUGCGCAAAGCCUGGCGCCCCGGUAUGGCACCUCGUCUGUUUCACGCCCGCAAUCCUGUUGGGAGCUACGACACCCAUAUGCGUUCGAUCAUCAUUCAAGAGUCCAAAGCGUGGAUGCAUCAGAUCAACGACUUCCCCGACCCCUCACUGUUGGCAAUGGAUGCUCCCAGCCGUCUUGGAUUGGUGCCUCGUGGCAAAUUCCUUCUCCAAGCCAUGAGAGAGGUGUUCCCCCUUCCGAACACUCCCUUCUGGCAUGCUGUCGCGGAACAAGUGUAUGGCUUUACCUGGUGCCUGUCGGAUAUCAACGUGCUGUGUCGCCAGUGUGUGCAAGGCACUUGUACCGUAGGCGUACUGGCGUGCUUUCCCGAUUACCUCCAUUUCCUGGGGGAGCUGCCUCAGAUCCUGGACGUCUGCGCCCAACGCGUGACCGAGUAUAUCGAGCAUGUGCAUCAAGACCAUGGAAUGGGCCCGGAGCAUAAAGUCAUGGAUGCCUGGAUGAUGUGCGUGCAGGCCGUGUACCUUGACGUGCUGCACCCCAAGGCCCAAUCGAUGAAGUUCCCAGACGAUGAGCACCAAAGCAUUCAAUAUCGACUGAUCAGCUCCGCCGGACGCCCCUUGGCUCUGCACGCGCAGAUGGAGCAGCCGAAUCCUCUGAUUGGCAACGAUGACGAGGUCAAUGCUGUUGCGUUUGCAUCCACUAUAAUGCAUGACAUCUGCGACUUUCGCCACGACAACAGCGCCAACGAAUAUUAUAACCUGAUGACGAUCGUCAGUGCCCAUAGGGGGGUUCUCAGCGUGCCCAUGAUCCGCCGGUUCUGCAUUGACGUCUGGGCCUGGGCUGUAAACAACGGAGCAUUGUGGGCGAUCCACCUGGCGGGACGAGAACUGGCCUGGCAGCUUUACAUGGCCCGGUAUCAGACGGGUCUUCUGUUGGACAAGCUUCUGCCACCUCGAUCUGACAAGGAAGGGACCAAGGUGGAUCCGUACGGCGAUGCGGUACUGAAUGGUCUGAACCCCUUGCUUACUGGGAUCAACCCGGUGGGACGGUGCCUCGAGCCGGAGAACUAUUCCCUGCGUGCACGUUGUCAGAAUCCGAAGCGCUACGACGAGCUUCUCCAGCACUGCGUCCAGCAUUUCCACGACUGUCCUGACUGCCGGGGGUUUGAUGUGGCGACCUGGCAGGAGCGUGUUCCUGGCAUUGGGGCUGCGUAUGGUAAGAAGUAUACGGACUGCAACUGUUUGAACACCAUCAGUAUGUACAUGAUUCUGACCUCGCCGGACCGGCUGUGGUGGCUGGCGGAUCCGACGGCCGAGUACACGGGGCCUCAGGAGAAGUGGUCAGCGCUUCUGUGCUAGGUCACCUGGUCAUGAGAAGAAAUGAAAAAGAUCCAGUCAAGGCUGAUGUGACUUGCGGGGAGAUGUGAUUCAUGUUUGAUUGAUAAUAUGAUCCAAAUUGCAAUGAGAUUGAUACUUAGUCUAGUUUCGUGGUUCAUCGGAUUCAGAUCCUCGCCAAGACGGACAUUAUUGUAGUGACCAAGGGGGAUAUUCCGUAGAAUCGUCCAUUCAAUGCACUGGAAAUGUAUUUGUAAGAAACCAGAGACAUCUCACCAGCAUCCGGGUUCCUAACCCUCGGCAAGUGAGAUAGAGACAAGAAGAG